GGACCCGCCUCUUUCUGCGCUCAGCGGCGCUGGCCCAGCUGGGGAGGAGUCGACAUGGCAAUGGGCGAGGCGCUGCCCCCAGAGGAGCGAGGGAGCCCGACCGAGAGGCGGUUGCCCGCCUGCAACAAGCGGAGCCGAAAGUUUGGGCUUGUCAGCGUCCGCCGGAUGAUGGGGGAGCUGGAGGGAUUCGACGGGAGCUGUUCUGCACCAGCCACCGCUUCUGGAUGCUGAGCCGCCGCGUCGUCAGCAUGCCGGCAGCGCUGCAGGAAGUGCUUGGGAGUUCAUGCGAGGAGCCUCCGCUCUGAGGCCGUGCUCGCCAAGCGGCUUUCCUUCUGGCGCGGCUCUCGGAGGAAUCGGGCCGAUAGCGACACUUUCUUCUUCCGCCCGGGGACGCAGCUGCCGGGCUCACCGGAGUAGCCGGCAGCCCGCGACGCCUCGCCAACCCCAGCUGCAAAGGAGCGCCUCCUUAGGCGAUGCCCGUUUUAGGUUCCCCUGAAACCAGCCGAGAGACGUCGGCUUGCGUGAAUGGGUGGGAUUUAUGCCUUUUUGAUUAGGGGUUUCAGGCUCGAUCUUCCAAGCGGCCGGUGGCUUUUUCAUAAGGAUAGCCCUACGGUUAAAGAUGUACACGUUUGUGGUGCGAGAUGAGAACAGCAGCGUCUAUGCUGAAGUCUCUAAAAUUCUCCUCGCCACUGGACAAUGGAAGCGACUCAAAAGAGACAAUCCCAGAUUCAACCUCAUGUUGGGCGAGAGAAACAGGCUGCCUUUUGGGAGACUGGGACAUGAACCUGGACUUACGCAGUUGGUGAACUACUACAGAGGAGCUGAUAAACUUUGUCGAAAAGCUUCUUUAGUGAGAUUAAUCAAGACAAGUCCUGAAUUGGUGGAGUCUUGCACAUGGUUUCCAGAAUCCUAUGUGAUUUAUCCAACCAAUUUGAAGACACCAGUAGCUCCAGCAGAGAACGGGCUUCAUCACCUGAUAAACAACUCAAGAACAGAUGAAAGGGAAGUCUUCUUGUCAUCCUAUCAGAAGAGGAAAGAGAGUGGAGAAGGAAAUGUGUGGAUAGCCAAAUCUUCAGCAGGAGCCAAAGGUGAAGGAAUUCUUAUUUCUUCAGAGGCUACUGAACUUCUGGACUUCAUAGAUAAUCAAGGACAAGUGCAUGUGAUUCAAAAAUAUCUGGAGAAGCCUAUGCUCUUAGAACCAGGUCAUCGCAAAUUUGAUAUUAGAAGUUGGGUCCUAGUGGAUCACCAGUAUAGUAUCUACCUCUACAGAGAAGGCGUUCUACGGACCUCUUCAGAAUCUUACAACAGUGCUAAUUUCCUUGACAAAACCUGUCAUUUGACCAAUCACUGCAUACAGAAGGAAUAUUCUAAAAACUAUGGGAGAUAUGAAGAAGGGAAUGAAAUGUUUUUUGAAGAGUUUAAUCAAUAUCUGAUGAAUGCUUUGAACAUUACUUUGGAAAAUACAAUCUUACUGCAAGUCAAAAAUAUAAUAAGAAGCUGCCUUAUGUGUAUAGAACCUGCUAUCAGCACCAAACAUCUUCAUUAUCAGAGUUUCCAGCUCUUUGGUUUUGAUUUCAUGGUGGAUGAAGAUUUGAAGGUUUGGCUAAUUGAAGUCAAUGGUGCUCCUGCAUGUGCCCAGAAACUUUAUGCAGAGCUUUGUCAAGGUAUAGUGGAUGUAGCCAUUUCUUGCAUCUUUCCUCUGAAUGACACCAUUCAAAAGCAGAGCCAACGAUCUGUAUUUAUAAAGUUGUGAUGACUGAGAUAAAAUGAACACACGGGGAAGCUGCCGCCUGUUUGAAUCCAGGGAAGACCAAGAAACACUGCAUCUGCACAUCAUGCCAAAAAAAAAGAAGGGAAAAAGUGGCAUAAUUUUUUAAUUUCAGAAGAGGAACAUUUCCAAGGAAAGCCCCAGAUGAACCAAAAAGCUCUCAUCAACUCCAAA